AUGGCGAAAAAGAGGAGCUUUAGAGCAGUCUCCGUCGCUGCCACCUCACCGACGAAGGGUUGCAAAGCCCGGAAGCUAACGGAGAAGAUCCUGAAGGCUGCCUAUGAGCAGCAGAAGGAGGUUGAGGAUGAAGAAAACGCGGAGAAAAUACCCAUGAUCACCUCUUUCAAGCAGGCAGUGUAUGGGUUUGAAAAUUUUACUGAUGAUGAUGACUAUGACCAAUCCCAAGAGUUUGAGAGCCAACUUGAUGAUGAUUACCAACCAUUGGAGAACGAAGAGGACAAGCUAUUAGUAGAUGCAUUCUUUCAAAAGGAUGGGGCUUCAUUAGCAAAACGUCUCUCUAAUGCUAUUACUAGUUCUAUCAAAGAUCUUGAAGAUAAAGAUGAUGUUUCCACAGGUUCUGCUUGUAUUUCAGAAGCUGACUAUUAUCAAAAGUUGGGGAAGUUUAUGAGUAUGUACACACAUGGAAAAAUGCCCAAAGCUCUUAACCAUGUUACUAAACUUGAUAACUGGGCUGAUCUAUUGAAGCUGACUCAACCAGAGAAUUGGUCACCCACUGCCAUGUACAAGGCUACAAUCAUGUUUGCUUCCAGCACCAAAGCUGGACGCUUCUUUGAGCUAUUUCUUCUUCCUAGGUCGGGAACAUGCACCAAUGCCGAAGCUAGAAUUAUAGGGAGUAUAAUCCAGAAGUUUUCUAUUCCUGAAGUUUUCUCAAGUGCCGCAUUGGUAUGUUUGGCGGAGAUGAAGUUUCUUCGCCCAACAAGUUACUUCAUAAAGGUUAUUUUGGAGAAGAAAUAUGCGCUGGCGCUCUCGGCGAUUGAUGCGGUCGCAGCUCAUUUCUUGAGAUUUCAUAAGGAGACAAAAGUUAUGGAUGUCAUUUGGCACCAAACUCUUCUUGCCUUUGUGCAACGGUACAAGCAUGAACUAAGAAAGGAAGAUAAAAAGAGUCUCACAAGUCUACUUGACAAGCAAAAUCACGACCUUAUUACUCCUGAAAUUGUGAGAGAGCUUGAGAAUAGCAGAAACAGGGGAGAGAAGGAGGAUGGUAAUUCACGUUCAGCAUCUACGGUCAACAACAAGCCAAUCAAAGAAGACUGGUUUGACAUGCCACAAGUUCCCAUGGAAGAAGACUAG